CUCAUUAGCCUUGUCACUCUUCUCUUUCUCUUCACUUCCAUAGAGAUUGAGACUCCUCUGUUUUCACUCCUUUUCAGUCUCUCUUCAUAUCAUCUCCUCUCUCUCACAUUUGCUUCCUCAGUACGACUCUUUUACACACACAACACACACUGAACACCCCAAGAAACACCUGGAACAAUUUCACUUAUGCAGACAAACUGAUCACAGAAAAGCUCUUUAUAUAUAUAUAUAAAAAAGGACAGAAGAAUGGUGAAUUUUCAUCUGGGAUUUUUUGCAUUAACCACCUUCAUUGUUUUGGUUUGUGGGGCUUCGAAAAACCUUCCGAUUCUUUCAUUUGAUGAAGGGUACUCUCAGCUUUUUGGUGAUGAUAAUCUUAUGGUCGUUAAAGAUGGAAAAUCAGUUCAUCUUACUUUAGAUGAAAGAACAGGUUCUGGAUUUGUGUCACAAGACAUUUAUUCACAGGGAUUCUUCAGUGCUUCUAUUAAGCUUCCAGCAGAUUACACGGCUGGCGUUGUUGUAGCAUUUUAUAUGUCAAAUGGUGAAAUGUUUCAAAAGAACCAUGAUGAGCUGGAUUUUGAGUUCUUGGGGAACAUAAGGGGUAAAGACUGGAGGAUGCAGACCAAUAUUUAUGGAAAUGGUAGCACAAACGCUGGCAGAGAAGAAAGAUAUGGGCUUUGGUUUGAUCCUUCGGAAGAUUUCCAUCAGUACAGUAUCCUCUGGACUGAGAGUCAGAUUAUCUUUUAUGUUGAUAAUGUCCCCAUAAGAGAGUUCAAAAGGACAGCAACAAUGGGUGGGGACUUCCCUUCCAAGCCUAUGUCAUUGUAUGCAACAAUAUGGGAUGGUUCUGAUUGGGCUACAAAUGGAGGAAAAUUCAGAAUCAAUUACAAAUAUGCCCCAUACAUUGCAAAAUUCUCCGACCUCGUGCUCCAUGGCUGUGCAGUUGAUCCUACUGAGCAGGCAACAAAGUGUGACAUUGCUCCAAAACAUGAUUCAAUCCCUACUGGUAUCACACCUGAACAAAGAAUUAGAAUGCAGAACUUCAGGAAGAAGCAUAUGCAAUACUCAUACUGCUACGACCGUGCUCGAUAUACGGUCCCUCCAGCUGAAUGUGUCCUAGAUGCUAAGGAAGCUGAAGGCCUCCGUGCAUUCGACCCUGUUACUUUCGGAGGAGCUCACCGUCACCGGGGCAAGCGACACCACCGGAGCAGAUCAUCAUCAAGUCAGGGAGAGGCAUCCUCUACAUAAGAAUGAAUGUCUUGUGGAUGUUGUUAUAUCCUAUAUUUGUACUGUCACACCUUCCUUUCUGAGUCUUGAUUAAUGUUCUUUCCCUGUGCAUACCACCCCCAAAAACAAAAAAAAAAAAAGAAAAAAAAGAUGAGAAGAUAAAAAGAGAAGUCCACAGAUUGUUUUACAGAGGGUGAUAAGAUUUUUAUACUAGCCAUUGAUCAUCAAGGGGGUAUGUAUAUAUUUCAUACCUUGAGGUUCCCAGCCAUGUCCUUGUUGAUGUAUUAUUGUCUUCAGCUAUGUAUUAUAAUUCCCAUUGUCAUAUAUGUUCCAAUAAACAUAUUUAAUAGAUGGAGUUAUUAUUGUA